AUGGAAGAACAAAAAACUGCUCCAUACAACCCACGUUUCCCAAAUCAAAACCAAACUAAACAUUGUUGGGCUAACUAUGUUGAUUUCCACGGUUGUGUUAAACAUUACAAUGGUGACGACUCAAAAUGUCAAACUUUCUUCAACUCAAUGAAAUCAUUAUGUCCAGAAGCUUGGAUUUCAGAAUGGGAUGAACAAAGAGACAAAACUAUUUUCCCAUCAGAAAGAGUUUAA